CGCUUCUAACAACUUGCCGAUGCCAUGCGCCGCGCCCAGUACGAGAGCCGCUGCGUACGCUGCGGGUGUCCCAACUCCUUUGAUGCGACAUCCUGCAUGCGGUGCAGACUCCCAAUCUCGGAGCGACAGCCCUGGACCCGCAAACAGGACGCUGCAUUUGCAGGUCAUUCGCCCUCAAGAAGGUCCCAAAGCGCCUCGCGCCUGAUUACCUCCGCAGGUGAAGGCAAGCUCCGCGGCAAGUCUGAGGAGGUGCCACUGCUGGAUGGUAUUCAGAAGCAACUCAGGGAGGCAGAGGUGCUGCUUACCAACUGCAAUCAGACUGUUGAGACUGCGUGGGCAUCGUUUUCACAACGCCUUGCGACCUUCGACGGUCGACUGUCUGAGCUGGAUGGACGCCUUGCAGACCUGUGCCAGAGACACCUUGAGGCUCAAACGGAGCUGCCGCAGGCUGCCGAGACACUGUCGCGGCUGGCAGCGUUGGAGGGUCGCUUCGAGGAGCUGCUCAACAGGCUCAACUUGGAUUCGGGUCCAGAACAUGUGGACUCCAAAGAGAGCGAGGGCCUGGACUUCGUGAAGCAUCAUGUCGAUGUGCUUUGUGAGCGCCUUGCUGCCGAGGCCCGCGUGCGCGAAGCGCAGUUCAGAAGGCUGGAAUCCUUGAUCACAUCGCGGGAAGAGUCCAGGCCUUCAACACCGGCCAAGACGCUUCGUCACAUAGCAUCCACGCCAGCGUUGUGUCAAAACGAGGCCCACAUCAGCCCAGGAAAGGAGGCCUGCACGAGGGGACAUCUUUGCGCGCGGCCGGAGAAGUACUUAGUUCCUGGGCAGAUGAUGGCUGCGAGCACUGCCACGCUAGCGUCGACGACCUCGUUGGGCGUGCCCUACGGGCAGCUAACGCCGAGCUCCAUUUCUUUGAGCUACGAAGCCUUGCAGCCGUGGUCCUCUGGCAAUCGCAAGGAAGCUGUGCUGGAUGCCACACAGGCGUAUGGGUAUCGCCUGCCGCUGCAUGGUCAUGGCCAGGGGCAGGAUCCUAUAAAUGUGCAGAAUUUCGUGCUGAGAUCACAGCCCUCACCCUGAGCGCAUUUUGUACUUUACAGGUAGAAUUACAUCAGAGGUCAGGAAUGGGAAUACAAUAUUCUUAUUCCCACGACCGGUUCCCAAACGAAUCCCAUCCCAUGUCAGUCUGGGAUUUGGAUCCAAUCAAGCA